AUGAAUUUAGAUAAAACAUCAACAACAUCACCUUCGUCAUCAUCAGAAAUAUUUCUAGGAGUUAAAAAUCCUAAAUUUAUAAAUGAACAGAAUGUGAAAAGAAUCGUCAUUCUCUCUUCAGUUGGAAUAAUUCUAAUUUUAACUGUCAGCACAGGAUGUAUUGGAUUAGUUUUAUGCCUUAUUCGUCGUAAACCGAAAGAAAACAAAAAAUCAAAUAUCUCUAACAUUAUCGGCUCAGACUCUGACUGUUAUUAUAAACCAACAAGAAGAUGGGCAUCUGUCGAUCAAUCUCCAACAAGCCUAAAUAAUUUUGACAGUAUAGACUAUCGACUCUAUCCCGGUGGUACAAAUAUCCGUGACACUGGCGGUGCGGAUUAUAUAAACACCUUUCGAGAAUCUCACUUACAAACAUCAAAUCUAGACGGACGCUAUGGAAUAGAUGAUAUGACUUCCUUACCAAAUUAUUAUUCUAAUCCAUUGCAUCAUUCCAAUUCUCAGAGUCAUUCUCGUCCCCAGCCUUUUCGACAUUCAUCAAUCAGUAAUACUGGACAUCAUAGUGAUUUACUCACUGAGAAUGGAUUUGCUACAAUUCCAAGAAAUUUCUACCUGUCUAAUCGUUACAAUAUGCAUUGGAAUGGUAUAAAACAGCCGACAUCGUGUUGUUAUGUACCAACAUUGAAACCACUAUCAUUAUUAGAUACUGGAAAUUAUGGUGAAGGCUUUGAAAAGAAUUCUAAUGACCCUGUAAUGAAUACCUUUAAUCCAUCUCAUAAUUCAAACAAUGCAUACAAUGAACACUCGACAUUUGGUGUCAAUAUGGUGACCACUAUGAAUAAUGGUAAUAUCAAUACUACUUCUAUUACUACGAAUAAUGGGAACAAUAUUAAUGAACAUUAUUCCAAGUAUAUACAACCUUCGUAUAAUUGUCUAUCCUCUUCACUUCAUGAUAGUUAUAUAAGUAAUGGAUAUUUUGAUAGAUUAACGAGAUUAAACAAUGAUUGUACUAAUCAAAAUGACAAUUAUGCAUUACGUAAUCACAAUGAGAAUAAUUACUCAACAUAUAAACCGGGAGUAUUGAGUACCGUGAAUGAUUAUCAUAAUAAUAAUAAUAAUAACAGAAUUCGUAUGAGUUCAUCAACACUUCCAGCUACAAUGUCAUAUUCAUCAACAUUACCACUUCCGCCAGCACCUCCUCCACCAUUGAGUCAAGCCCUGCCACCACCUCCACCUUCACAAUUCGCCGACAUGACUGCUUUUUAA